AUGGCGGACGGUCAGGAAAUUGAGGAAGGUCGACACAACCUCGAAGAUCCGGCCGAAUACCUCAAACUCAAGCCGAAAAAGAGCAUUUUGAAAAUGAAGCAGGUUGAGCCAAUUAAAUGCGGCAAUAUUAGAAAAAAUGACUUUCCAGGACUCCUCUAUGGAAGGAAAAGACGGCAGGGCGCAUUUUGAUGAAAUGAACAUCCUGGCCACUUAUCACCCGGCUGAUAAGGAUUAUGGAAAUAUGAAGGUAGGAUUUUGCCUGAGAACUGGAAAGAAAAGAAAUUCAUUCAUUAUAAAGCCUGAAAAGCUUCCAAUUUUAUUGCUAUAAAAAAAAAGUUAAGCUUUUAUGUAGGAAUAAUCAAUGAGAAAGUUUUCUCGAUUAUUCGAUAUAUCCAGUUUCUUGUAAAUGAGAGAUACUGUAGAAGCUAGAGGCGCCAGAGACAGAGAGACCUGCGCCUCUUCGGUUCUCACGCUCUCUCGUAGUUUUUUUUUUCGAGAGUAUUCCGCGAUUUCGCAUGAUACCAAACUGAAGAGGCAUUGUGUACAAGAUGAAGAGGCGCCAGAGAAAGUGAUGCCUGCGCCUCUUCAGCUCCCACGCUCUCUCGUAGUUUUUUUUUUUUGAGUGAUUAGCCAUUUUUGCUUUCGAUAAACUUGUGAAUUUUCAGAUUGACGAACCGAAGACGCCCUACAAUCACUCUGACGUGGAGAGCGAGUGUGAUGAGGUAAAAAUUUUUUUAGUGGUCACUUCAGGGAUUUGAAGUUUCAGAGGCCACUAUAGUAGUCGAAUUAGUGACCCUAUAGGGGAGGCUUCUUUAGAAAUUUCGAUGGUACUACUUCUCCACAAAAACUACUAUAAUUGCUUUUACUAGGAUGGAUUUAGUGGCCACUUUAGUAUCCUCUCCAAGUAGUCCUUCAGGAACCUCUUAAGUGACCACUAGAGUUUUUCCUGCACUUUUUUUUAAUCUUGAAUUUCAAAAGUCACUUUUUUAGGCUUUGAGGAUUUUUGAAGGAAUUUUUGAAUUAUUACUUCUUCUCAAGUUAUAGAAGCUUUCUGUACUGAUAAUAGAUCUAUGCGAUUUUUUGAGGUCUCCAUCAUAGAAAUUUUUUUCCCUUAAAUGACCGACGAACUGUAUCGAUUAUUUUUUUUCGAUUUUCCAGUCGUCGAGCUCGUCGGCGAAUCGCCAACGACGCGUCUCCCUUGGUACGGCCGUCGACCCGGAGCAGGUGGCCGAAGGUCUUGCCGGCGGUCCGACGAGACCGACUCCGAUCCCGCCGGACGAGAGCGAUGAUGAGGAGACAAUGUCCGAGGAACAAAGGGGUCAGUCGGAGUUUUUUGGAAUUUUCUUCUGUCGGUCUUGGGGAAGUACAGAAAUCAAUAAGUAUUAGAGGGGGAGGGGUUACCGUUGACUUAAAAGCUUUCAAUAAAAUGAAAAAUUGGAAGGAAAAUAAGUUUUUGCUUGAUAAAUCAAAAACAAGCUCCAGCCUCAAGGCUAAGUUUUUAAGUUAAGUUAAGAAAAAUUGGGAAAAGGUCUUUGAAAAUUGCAUGGUGACGGCAGUUCACCACUGGAAAGAUGAAAAUAAAUUUAUUCCGUGAAGAUGAAAUUUUUUGCCAUGUCUGCGUCUCUUUUCCCUCACCGGCGUGGUCAGAGAAACAUGAAGAUAGCACGUGAAUAGGAGAGUCCCGCCGAGGGAAAAAGAGGCGCAGAGAAAAGCAGAUUUUUCAAGUUCGAUUAGAAGUUUGGUUGGGUGAACCCUGGGUUUGGGAACUCCAGUGGCUACUUAGCUGGCCUUUUAAGAGGUCACUUGGAAAGAACCCCUUUAAGUAGAUUCUUGAGCUUUGUUCCUUUCUGUAUCGAUUUCUUCGUGUACGGCAUAGUUGAACAUAUGGGUUUAAACUUGCCGGAGAAAGUGACCGCUUUAGAGGGAUACCGCAGGGUCGGAAACCGCCAAGUGGUCCCUAUAGGAACUAAUUUAAUGAAAAACGUUUCAGUAGAGGAACCGCAGGGUCUGAAACCGCCAAAGGGUCACUAUAGAAAUGAAUCAAAGAAACGUUUUAGCCCACAAGCGAGAGUUCGAGAAGAAACGCAAGGCUCACUACAACGAGGGUGCCGCUUUGAAGCACCACCUGCCUUCGAACGACGACGAGGAGGACGAGAAAAUGGAAUGA